UCAAAAGACGCGUGGAAUUCGCCUGAAAACUCUGCUGACUUUCCCUGCUGCGUUUUUGAGAUUGCUCAUGUGGACGAAACGAAGCAGUCGUUUUUCUGUGGAAUACAGGCGUCUCAUUUGGAUGACACCGCCGAAACUGAACUUGUGGCGUUCUUUGAACAGGAACAGGAGAACGAACUGCACCUUAUCGAUCAAAAUGUUAUUGCCCCAGCAGAACUGCUAAUCGGAGAGAACAACGUUAUUGUCACCGCAGGCAUGCUCAGUGUGUGUGAACUUAACAACAUAGCAAAUGGGAGAGCUAAUACUUGGAAGAUUCUUGCACGUCAGCCAAACAUUAAAGCCACUUAUAAAGAAAAUGGAGUCACAGCAGGCAUGCUCGUUGAGUUUCUGGAAGGGGAGAUAUAUAUACCAAUUAAGUAUCACGACUGGAAGAAGCUUGGACGUCAAUUCGAAGUUAAGGAGCCGGAGAUUACUGUCACUGGUAAAGAAAAUGGGGUCCUGUACGAUGUGCUCUUUCACUGGGGACAAGAAAUGUCGGAGGCCUUUGUCUCCCUUCUGAUGUUGGUUUUCUUCAUUGGAUACCUUACGGGAACUCGCUUUGAUCCACCACAUCUAUUGAAAGAGGAGGAAACAGAUGGUAAGAAUCAACGCUAACUGAUGAGUUUUAGGCGAUCAAAGAGCCUUGGAGACACCUAUGGUCUUAGAGAAUAACGACAGUCAACAAACAUUAAUAACAUUUUGUAGGUGUACGUCUAAAUGAGUUUUCAAGUAAGCAUUUGGUAUUUUGAUUUAACCCUUUUCAGGAAGU